UAUACUUCACUCACGCACCAACAGUAAAGGUGGUCGCGGGAACCCACUGUCAUAACGUAUCAUAGGAACUCUCCUACGCUGAAGGAUAGAAAGAUUAGAUAUCAAUGCAAAUGCCAAAAACUCAAACCAGAAAUCAGUUCGUAGGGCAGAGACAACUUACUAGUGAAAGAAGAUACCAGUGUUGUAACUAUCCCAGUAUUCGCGCAACGAACGCGACCUACAAAAAACACACAGCAAGCAUUUAUACAGUGUUUGUUUACGUUAUAAACAUUAACAAUGUGACAACCCGAAUGAACUCGAUCCAAAGAAAACAGUAUUCAUAUGCGGGCUAGACCACCAAGGGACUCUCACGAUAAAGUUAAGUACCGUUAUAGAUAAGGAAUACCCGGACAAGAUAUUGGCAACAUAUAAACCUUGGGAAUCUUAAACAUCUCGAAAAAAUCGCCAAGAUGAACCACACAGCAAACGUAACGUACAAUUUGACUGGAAAUAACUGUUCCAAUGAAAUGUGUAUUUCGGAUGAGGACUACCUGGAUGUCAUAGAGACACACGUGUUUCCGAAACCGUGGGAAUGGACCCUGGUCGGAUUGUAUUCCAUAACGUUUGUGAUAGGGCUCACAGGAAAUGCGCUUGUUUGUUUCGCAGUAUGGAGGAACAAAACGAUGCGGACCGUCACUAACAUUUUCAUUGUCAAUCUUGCUGUUGCCGAUUUGACAGUUAUUAUUUUUUGCCUGACACCGACGUUAAUUGUGGAUAUUUCGGAGACAUGGUUCCUGGGAUUUGUCAUGUGCAAACUCGUGCUAUUCCUCAAUACGGUGUCCAUAUCAGUUUCCGUUCUGACGCUGAGUGCUAUUUCCGUGGAGAGGUGGUACGCCAUUUGUUAUCCGCUUGUAUUUAAAAGCACGAAAAAACGCGCCAAAAUAAUCAUCAGUGCUAUAUGGCUGUUUUCAAUAGCUGUAGCAGUACCGGAUUUAGUUGUUGCCAAGCUACAUCCGUUCUUCAGCCCAGAAUUCACCAUUCUGUUGACGUCAUGUAAACCGGGAUGGUCUAACGGAAGCCAAACUGUGUACCAACUGGUCCUUUUGAUAGUGCUCUACGUCGUACCUAUGGUUCUUAUGGGUUUUACGUACUCCCACAUAGCUGUUGUUUUAUGGAAGGGCAACAUCCCGGGCGCCGUGGAGACAGCUCGAAAACCAAUGAUGAACAGCAAAAUGAAUAAAGCAGACGAACAACUUGAGUCCAGGAAGAAGGCUGCCAAGAUGCUCAUCACCAUUGUCGUCAUCUUUGCCGUCUCAUAUUUCCCAGUUCAUCUUCUAAAUAUUUUCAGGUAUAGGGGUGUACUUCUCCAAAUGCCGACUAAGUUUGUGCAAGUGAUGGCACUUAUAUCGCACUGGCUACCGUACUUCAACAGCUCUAUCAACCCUGUUAUAUAUAACUUCAUGAGUGCAAAAUUUAGAAAAGAAUUCCGUAUGGCUAUAAGUUGUGGAAUCCUACAGCAAAAGAGACGUAUCCGGGGGCGUGGCCAGCCAACAAUGUCAAUCUAUUCUAAUUCUACAACUCAACAUUACGUGGGUCGCAACUACAGCCAAACAGAGCAGAUUACUUUGUCGAACUUUCAUGAUAAAAGUGAAACUGAUGCGUGGUAAAAUGUAACCGCAUGCUGCUGUUUACUGUAGUAAUAUAUGUUUAAUUUAAGCAAUGAGCAAUGCUAGAUAUAUGUACAUAUUAAUAUAUAUUUUAUUUGACGUCAUAUAAAGAACUAGAUGUAUUUAUGAUCUGACCUCAUCAAAGGGUUAUAUGUUAAUUCUAAAAGAGUUAUAUCGUCAUCAUUUAAGAAAGUCAAAUAUGACGUCAUAUGUUAAGAAUUGAAUAUUGAACUGAAACCAUACGUUGGUGAAUGACGAUUAAAAUUUUAUGAGUGUAUUUGUGAUAUGCUUGGCUGACAUUUUGAAUAAGUAUUGAAUUAUAUUCUGUGUCUUGAUAAUUACAAAAUGUGAAUAGAACAAAAAAGCUUGAAUAAACAUAACAUGUGAGAAGAAAUAUGAAAAGAAUAUGUGAAGUGUCAAUAUCAUAUUUGUGAAGGACAAAGUAUCGGUGCUACUUAGUGUUGUGUAUAGGCCCUUCUUGGCAGUCUCGUGAGUUUGCUUAGUAUUAUCAAGUCAACCUUCUCGGAAGACUUUUUAUUAAGCCAUGGCCAAAGAUGGGAAAAGACAUGCAAUGUUUUUGCUUCUAAAAUUAAACGUUUUCACUUCUAAGAUAUUGAUAAAAUUAAUAUUUUGUCUGUAAAUUUUAACAGAAAUCAAGUGAUCAUGAAAAGGAUGGUAUUUUCUUCAGAUAAAACGUGCAUUGUGUCCGAUAUGUAUCUGUUCAGAUAAGUGACGAGAAUUUGUUUUCAUCGCAAUUUUCAUAAUCUCAGAUACCAACGUAAGACUAUGUUAGAUAUUUUGCAAAGAUAGUCUUAAAUAUACGUUUUUGUGAUUGUAUUUAUCCUUUGUUAUAAUAUUCAGGACAUAUCUCUAUCUAACGUCAUAAAUGAAUAUCAUGUGUAUAUAAACUGUUCAGAUUACGUUUAACAUUCUGUUUUAUGUUAUUGUACAAUCAUCUUCAAUUUAAGGACGAGUUUGCUUUUAGUUUCAUUCAUGACUGUGCACUAUGGCAAGUAAUAUCGAUUUGACACGAAAAUCACAAUGGGACAUUUAUAUGUACGUAGUCGAUCCUGGUUGUGAUAUCAAUAACAUAUGAAUACAUGUAUAAUGUUCUAGUGUCAUCAUUUACCUAUAAAUAUGAAAUGUUCUGGAUGCAUUUGCAGAUUUUGCAUACGCUUCUGUCGCUAAAAUGAAUGUCUAGACUAGUAUGGUCACAUAAACAGAGUCAUGGUCACACCCAAGGUUCUCUGUAAGCAAAAUAGCGCGCUUAUAUGACUAGAGUUUGUGGCUCUACAUUGAUUUGUAGACAAUUGGUUAAAAUAAUAUAUUUGCCUAUUUUCGGCUUGUAGUCUAUGGAAAACAGCAACAUGGAAUACCGACAUAAUAAUGAAAUCGUAAGUCUCACUAAUACUGGAUAUAACGUCGGCAAAAUAUGAAGAACUAUUUAGGUAUCCAUGGAGACCCUUGAAAAAGUACAAGGAGAAAAAGUCCAUGUGCUCCAAAGGAGUAAGCGUCUUUUGAUUGAUCUGCGACAGCAAACAUACAAAUCCAGAUCAAAUCCCAGUUAUCAUCAUGGUAUCAUUAUCAUAUAUUAAUCAUGAUGAAUUGUACAUGAUACAGUUCAAAGUUGUAUCUUUCAAUGAAUAGUAUAUUUCAUCUGUUUAGAUAUCACAUGCAUUUCAUUAUUCUGAUAUGAAGACUUGUUAUGAUGGUUCCUAUAAAAUAUGUAUAAGAAGCAUACAGCGUCAAUAGAAAAAUCUGCAUUUACAACUCCAUACAAACACUGGAGGCUUUUCGCCAGUCUUGUUACGUAACUGAACACUUGAUUACUUUUUACCAGUAUGAAGGUAUGAGUGACAGAUAGCUGUUUUCGACAGUUAUUUGCGCUCUGACAAGUAAAUAUUUUGAAAUGCUUAACAAGUUACAUGUGUAAUCAUUUAACUGUUACACUAACAGAAUGUUUUUGAAAUGGUAACUUUCUGUUUACUUUGAGUUGUUUCGUUGUAAAUUUUAAGUUUGAACAAGGGUUUUAGUUGGCAUUUUAAAACAUGAAUGGAAUUUUAAGUUGUAGAAAUGUAUAAAAAGUCGACAGGAAUCAUCAAGUACAUGUAUCCGAAUGGUGAUGAAUUGUGCAUUGUAUUAGUUUACGUGGGAACGGGCAUACUCUAUUACCGACGAAAAAUAGAGAAAGCGAAAAUAGCGGUUGCUGCAGUUCUAAAUACAGAUCGGUAUCUAAAGGCUGACAGAAAUCAAUCGUAUGUAUUGGGUUUGUUAAACGUCUUAUAUUGAUGAAGUUAAGACAUUUAUAAUGUCAAUAUACCCCGUGUUUUAUUCUUUAAGCGAUUAUAUUUGUAAAAAUCACUGUUUGAAAAUAAUCAGGCGUGAUCCGUUAAAGAUAUUUCAUAUACAUAAGACUUUUACAACCGUGUUUUGUAAAUACUUAAAUCAGUUUAAAACAAUGCCAUUAGAAAUCGGCUAGUCGGUCCUACAAGAAUGCAAAUGUAACCGCUCGUAAGCAGAACGCUGCACGGACUCGUCACUCGGACUCACGUGACUCCAUUUGGCUUUGUCUGUAUAACAUCCUUUGCGCAUAUCAAGGAAAUUGAACAGUGUUUCAACAGUUGUGAUUACAUAUACACUGUAUAUAUAUAACAUGUUUACGGUAUAGGCUCAGGUUUCGCUAUUUAUUAAACAAUUUCCACUAUUCAUAAAAAAUCCCUGUUUAAUGUGAAUAAAAUCUACAGAUAGAGUAGCUUUGAAUAUCUGUUAAAAUUGAUUGCAAAUAUGUUUCAGAAGUAGGUUAUAGUCAUAAUAUUAUAAUAUUUUAAGUUUGCAUUAUUUUAUGCAUGGUUGAAUUAUCCCGAUAUCAUUCAUUGAGACAGUUUAGAUAUUUCUUAAAUAUUCAUGUCAUUAGACAGAUUUUUCCCCAUUUCGGUACAGACCUCUAAAAAAGCAAAAUGUGAUAAUAUACCAUUAGAUAACAAUGUCAGUUUAUUUGUUUGUGUUAAUGCUGAACGUAUACCAAUAAGUUAUUUUAACAUCAUUUUAGCCACGUUAGUGAGAGAAAAGGUCAAUAAUCAUAAUUCAUUUCGAUUUUCCCAUAUUUGUAACAGUAUCAUUCCAUUUAAUGUACAUAGGUUUUAGGAAAAAUGAUAUCUUGGUGUCAUGAAAUGUAAAUAGGUAUUAUUGACGUUGAUAUUUCAAUAUCCUGAAAUGUUCGUGUAAAUGAGUUUUACUGAGGCUGUUGUUUAAAUAUUGUGAUAAGAACUUUUAAAAUCGAUGGUUUAGUAUCAUGAAAUAUAUGUAAAAGUGGGCUUCAUCAACACUGAUACAUGUAUUUUAGUAUUGUCCUAUACACAAGGAUGUUAUGGAAACUGGUAUUGUAGUAUAGUUAAUCGUACAUUGUGUAUAUAACAUGCAUAUCUUUUCGUGUUUUCUUUGUGUUAUUUGACAGAAUGUCGGAUGGUGUUAAUUUUACAUGUCGUAUAUGAAGUCCAUUAAACUAUUUACGGUAAGAA